AUUGCAAAAGCAGCCAGAGAGAUCCUGAUUCUAACGACCAACAGUCAGCCUCUCCAUUUUCUUGUUAUCUACUUCUCUACGGCAGUCUCUCCCCCUAUACAUAUACAUAUAUCACACACGGACACACACAUAAACACAUAUAUGGAAGAAGACCACAAGGGUGUUGUGAAAGAAGCAAAAGCCAGCAAAGAGAGAGUGGUAUGCUGCAUAGGUGAUGUCCAUGGAUUCAUCACCAAGCUCCAAAACCUCUGGUUCAAUCUCGAAACCCUAAUCGGCCCAUCUGAUUUCGAAACAGCUUUGAUCGUUUUCUUGGGCGAUUACUGCGACCGAGGCCCCGAUACUCGCAAGGUCAUCGAUUUCUUGAUCUCAUUGCCCUCCAAAUACCCCAAGCAAUCCCAUGUCUUCCUCUCCGGGAACCACGAUCUCGCUUUCGCGGCAUUCGUCGGAGUUCUUCCUUCGCCGCCGGACGGGUCGGAGUUUUCGGAGACGUGGAAGGAGUUCGAGGCGAGUGAGGAGAGAGAAGGAUGGUAUACGGGAGAUGGGUAUGAGAAGAUGCAUUUGCAAGGAAGGAGAUGGGCUGGGUCAAUUAAGGUUAAAUUCAAUGCUGCUAAGGAGGUCGAGUAUAAAGGUUCCAUUUACGACGCCGGUCCGACCUUUGAAUCUUACGGUGUUCCACAUGGUUCUGCUGAUUUGAUGAAGGCAGUUCCUGAUGAACACAAAAAGUUUCUUGCUGAUAUGGUUUGGGUCCACGAAGAGGAUGAGGUCUGUGUAAUGACUGAGGAAGGACUUAAAAACUGUAGAUUUAUUGCUGUGCAUGCUGGUUUGGAGAAAGCAAAAGGUGUAGCAGAGCAGCUGAAGUAUCUGAAAGCCAGGGACACCAGGAUCCCUAAAGUGGAGGCACUCAGUGGGAGGAAAAGCGUAUGGGAUAUCCCAGAGGAAUUGACUGAGAAACCAACUCUUGUGGUAAGCGGUCACCAUGGAAAGCUUCAUAUUGAAGGCCUUAGACUGAUUAUUGAUGAAGGUGGCGGGUUCGAGAACAAUCCAGUGGCUGCAGUUGUGCUACCCUCGAUGAAGAUUGUUCGUGAUACUGAUGAUUUCUCAAGAUAGUUUGGAUUCUGUGGUCUUCAUUAUGUAGCAUCUAUAAUGUGAUGAAAGUGAGUUUGAUCUUCCUCCGAGGGACGUGACUGAGGCACAAAACAAAUUUCUUCUCCGCGAAUGAGAUGAAAGUGAGUUUGGAUGUAUCUUCUAAAUAACCUUUACAGUGUUCUCUUAGAUCAUAUUAUUUGUUCUUGUUUCAUUUAUAGUUGUUUUGAAAUACCCAAUAAUAUUGGAAUGUUUUACUA